UGUGCCUGUUCCUGGUGUCAUGCUGAUGAAAGUCUCCUCUGGUAGGCAAGGCAUCCAGGCCAUGAGAAGCUGUUAUAGCAGACCUGAAAACGUAGAGGUUGAAGACUGUCAGAAUACGCUACCCCAAAACAGUGGCAUGCAAUUCGCCAGAUAAUCAGUCCACACAAAAUUCUUAUGGCUUUCUUCUGCACCACCAAUAUCAUUCUCACCUCAGUGGCGCCACGCCACAGUAUGAUACCAUAUGCAAUCACGCUCUGGAAGAAGGCGAAAUAGCAGAUGCAAUAAUGGGAUGCCUCCGUGAUGCAACCUCUGAGACUCCUCAGCAGAAACAGCACUCUAUUCAGCCUGCAACAGACACCAAGUACGUGAUCUUACCAGGCAAGCUUCCAAUCCAUUGUAAAGCCGAAGGGAUUCACUGAGUUUAAGUUUUAUUGAAAAAAAUUUCCAAGGCAGUUAAGCAGUAUUCUGUUUGCCCAGAAAAUAGCAUAAAUCUAGUCUGCCACAACCUUUUCAGAGAUCUGCAUCAGCCCAUGCAGGUCAGCCAUGUCCCUUAUUGUUGUCCAAUACAGAGGUGUCAUCAGCAUAGCAUACAACUGUCCUGUGUCUAGAAAGAGCAACAUCAUUUAUCAUAAUUAGGAACAACAGGGGCCCCAGAGCCCUGGGGUACCCCACAAUUCGUCAAACUCACCUUUGACCUCACACCAUUAGCAGAGACAGCUUGCUGACGACCCUCCAGGUAGGAGCGGAGAAGCAUCAGAGGACUGCCAACUAUGUCAUAGGCAGAGAGCUUAGACAAUAAGAUGCCUUGGUCUAGGUCUAGGGUAUCAAUCGCCGCCUUGCUGAGAUCACAAAGAGUCAACCCAGCAAGACCUCCCCCCUUACCUCAUCCCACAGCCUCAACAGUGGACUUUCCCAGCUCUGUAUCCAAACUGUGUGCCUGCAAACAAACCAUUUUUUCACAAAAUUCAUAUAACUGCUCUGCUAUUACCAUCUCAAAUAGAUUAUCGAAUUUGAUAGAGUACUCAGCAAGUUCAAAUAAUUUCGGUGGUGAUGUGUAGUAACAGUACGAUAGGCUCCAUGAGUGAGUUCUUUAUAACUUAUCACUUGUCGUCGUCGUCCAAAAUUUUUUGCCAUCGGCAUUGACCCAACACACUCUGCCAUCAUCUGUCUAAACACAAGGAUGUCCGUACUUUUUAACCGCCGCAUUGUAAACAAGCAUUCUGUUUUUAGUCAAUUCCUCACGCACGUAUAGCCCAUUCUCUUUCAAGGUUUUCUUUUUGGAAAAGACUGCACGGCGUUGUCUGUAGCUGACAAACUUGAAUUGCCCUAGGUCUAGGAUUAGAAUUGGUGACCGCCUGUGAAUAGGGGGCCGCAGAUGGCCCGACCCGGUGAAAACGGUCGAUAUAAUUCAACGUGAUAUCAACGCCCAGAUGUUCCUUGCACAUACUCACAACUAACAAGUCCGUAUCCUCAUUAGACUUCUCAGGUAUACCAAAUAUAUGUAGAUUGUUUCGUCUUUGAUAUUGUUUCAAGUCGUCCAAUCUAUUAGAAAAGUAUUAAUCUUUUUCUUUUAUUUGUUUAUUCAAUUAUGCGAUCUCACUUACACGUUAAGCUAUUUCUUUUGUAGCAGCCGAUAAUGAUGAUUUUAGUCCUUCGCAAACUCUCAACGAUAUCCUAUCAAUAAUCUCUUUAAUCUUCACUGUCAACGAGAUAGUCUUUCAGAGCUGUCUGGGAAAGCUUACUUUACAGUCGAAUUGAUACUGGUGAACGUACCGAAUCGAUACUCGAUGAUGAACGAGGAGUCGAAGGUCGCUUAUCAGCAGCCUGCCAGCCCUUAUCUGCUGCCUUGUCGAUUUGAGAACAUGGCUUCUUUGGAGGAGCCAUUUCAAAUACACAAAUUAAAUAACUCACUAAACACUUGAAUAUCAAUCACUUUUAGACUGGAGUAUAGAACUUCUCAAUACGACCACAGUAAAACAAAUUUCAAUUAAAACUUGCCUAUGAAUUCAUAAAUAAUUGAGGAGCUCCACCGGUCGUGACUUUCACUUGCCAACUCUCAUCAUCAACUUGAGUGGGAAAGCUGUGUUGAACUCACAUAAGAGCCGAUUGAAGAAUGCUGUAAAUGUGAGUUGAGCAUCCAGAGAAUGCUGAACCAGGCUCUCUUCUCUCCCAUCAGAGUAGACACAGAUUUGGCUUCCCUCUUGGUUAUGCAGGAUCCAAUCAAAUUUUUUUGUCUGUCUGCAUUUUUUCUUAUCGUUCUUUUCAGCACCAGCAACUGGUUGUUCACUUCCCUUCUUGUAAAUUUGUUUGAUUUAAGUGUCAACAUUUUUGGCACAACUCUUAUUUUUGUUAUGUUCAUUUCUUAAUGAGCCUUUUUUCACACAUCAUCUCCUACAAUGUGUGUAUAGUGGGAUGAGAUAUUUGAAAUUAGAGUAUUAAUCAAGGCGUAUGGAUGGAUAGGAAACAUUCAAAUAGUUAUCAUAGACGAAAAAUUAUCAGAUUCAUUAGGGAAAUUCUCAGUCAUUAUAUAAAUUUUGGCAUAAUGUGGAAAAAAUUUAUUAUUUUUUGUAUUUUAUUUAAUAGUAAGUAGAAUUCUCAAUAAGUUAUUGAUCAAAUACAUUUUAAAUUGAGUAAUAGGUUUAAUAGAUAGGAUUUUUUAUUAUUUAUUUUUCUACAAACAUCUUACUUUCUUGUCUUUAUCAUAUUUAUGUAUAGGCCUAAUUCACUUUAUCAAUUCCCUUUUUUGAACAAAAUUUCUCUUUAGUUGGUGGUAAAUUGAAUAGAACACAUUUAGUUUACUUUCUUUUUGUUAAUCAUUCAUAUUUCUACUUCUGUUACCUUAAAAGGUGUACAGACUUGCAUCUAUUAAUCUUGUCACCUUGUAUCCCUAGCAUCCCUAAAUUUCAUGACGUGAAAAUCCAAUUUUCUAACAUGUUGUCUUAUAUAUUUAGAAGAUAGCUUAUUGUCAUUAUUAUUACCUAUUCUCUGUUGCUAGAUUCAAAUAAGACUGAACGAACCGAAUUAUAAAAAUGUUAUUGUAAAGGGUUUUGCAUGUAAAUAUUACUUUUAGCUAUUAAACCUUGUGCUAAUCAAAUUAAAUCAUAUGAUAAUUCAUGAAUUACCAUCCAUUAGUAGGCUAGUAGAAUACUGAAUACUAGAUGUAGUAAAUAAACCAUUUUUGUAUUAAAUAUAUUAGGGUAUCUAUUUUUUAAUUAAAUUUAGAUUUAUUCAUGAUAGACAAUAAUCCAAAGCUCAGUAAUUUAAAGCAUGAGCAAUAGGUCUCACCAAUGAAAGCUUAGCAAUACCAAUAGUACUAUUAGUAUUGCUUAGGAUAGUUCGAUCAUGAUCCAAUGAUUACAAACAGAAUUGCAUUCAAAAAGAAAAUAAGUAUUCAACAAGAGAUAGGCAAGAUAAGGCUUGUGAUAACUAUUCAGUCACCAAAGUAUUGUGAUUGCCAUAUCGCGUGGCAGAGUUAUUAGUUUUAUCGAACAGUGAGGCGAUGACACGCACAAUAAAAUUGUAGGAGGGUUGAAGUGCAGCGCAUGUGACAAAGGAUACGCUAGUGGGGGUAGUUCCAAUGGUGGGGGUUGAUAAUCUGAUGAUGGGUCUGCGAUUGAAAAUAACAGAAGAGUAGUUGCGAUUUGGCGAACUUGAAGUCAUCUAUUCAAUGGAAUCACUCAUCAAUUCUGUCAUUAACCUUCCCUGAAGUUGUCAAGGCUUCGCAAAUUGAUGAAAUCACUGUCGACGAAUAUCCGUCAUUGAAUGUCAUCUCGAAUUCGUAUGUAAAUUUUUGGGGUAAUAUUUUGAAAAUGUCCGAAAAUGAACUUCUCGCUUUAACAAGUGCAAACCAAAACGCUCUGUACAGUAGUUUGGAUAAUUUCAUAAUCGAGAAACGCAUUGGAAGAGGUUCAUUCAGUGUGAUUUACAAGGCGAGGAGCCGGCACGAUGUUAACUGUGUGGUAGCGCUCAAAGAAGUUCAAAUACUGGAAAUGGUAGAUUCGUCUGCGCGAUUGGAUUGCAUGAAAGAGAUUAAUCUGCUGCAGAAACUGGACCAUCCAAACAUUAUUAGGUAUAUUUCAUCUUUGAUAGAAAACAACAAGCUUUACAUUUUCUUGGAGUUGGCGGACUCUGGGGACUUAUCUCGAAUGAUUAGAAAUUUCAGGAAAAUUCGUAAACUGAUACCUGAACGAACUAUUUGGAAGUACUUUGUUCAAAUUUGUGAUGGCUUGGAGCAUAUGCAUUCGAAGAGCAUUAUGCAUAGAGACCUGAAACCUGCAAAUGUAUUGGUGACAACUGGAGGAGUGAUCAAACUGGGUGAUCUGAACCUGAGCCGAUUCUUCAGUCCCAAGACGAAUGCUGCUCAGUCGAUUGUUGGAACUCCAUACUACAUGAGCCCAGAACGAAUCCAUGAGAAACCAUACACUUUUAGCAGCGAUAUUUGGUCCCUAGGUUGCUUGCUAUAUGAGUUGGCUGCCUUACAUUCUCCUUUCUUUGAAGAGAGACAAAACAUCUACAUGCUUUGUAGAAGGAUUGAUAAGUGCCUGUACGCUCCCAUCCCUUCAGAGAUCUAUUCCCAAGAGAUUGGUGACCUGGUGAGCAAGUGUAUAACUGCGAACCCUUCUGAGCGUCCUGACAUAGUCGCAGUUCACAAAGUCGCCAAACAAAUGAAUAGCCUCUUCCUGGAAAACAAAUACUCCAAACGUGCAAAAUAGUCUGCAUCAAAUAUCACUUUAUAUCAAGUUUUAAUACACUGUACCUAUCUGUUUUGCGUGUCAUUGUCUGUCUUGUUUUUAAUAAAGUCACUUGAUAUUUUAAA